UUUCCCUGGGAACCAAUGGAUUUACCUGGGAACAAGUGAACUCCUGGGAAAAACCGACCAUGGAUCCUGCCCUGCCUACAGGUUCAUUCAUGGUCGUGAAUGCGUCAGGCAGGGCGUCGGGACAGAAGGCCCACCUGUAUAUGCCCACACUGAAGGAGAACGACACUCACUGCAUCGACUUCCUUUAUUCUCUGUCUAGCAGAGAUGGAGCCAGUCCAGGCACACUAAAUGUCUAUAUCAAGGUAAAUGGAGGUGCUCAGGGUAACCCAGUGUGGAACGCUUCUGAUACUGUAACUGAGGGAUGGGUGAAGGCUGAGCUGGCCAUUUCUACAUUCUGGCCCAACUCCUACCAGGUAAUAUUUGAAGCAGUCUCAGUCCAAGGACAUCCAGGUUUCAUCGCGAUUGACGACAUACGAGUUCUGGCUCAUCCCUGCCGUAAAGCCCCUCACUUCCUGCGCCUGCAGAAUGUGGAAGUGAACGUGGGUCAGAAUGCUACCUUUCAGUGUACUGCUGGAGGGAAAUGGUCUCAGCAUGAUAAACUCUGGCUUCAGCAGUGGAACGGUAAGGACACAGCGUUGAUGGUGACCAGGGUGGUGAACCAUCGGCGUUUCUCAGCAACUGUCAGUGUUGGCGACACGUCCCAGCGCAGCACCAGCCGCUACCGCUGUGUCAUCAGAUCAGACGGCGGGUCAGGCGUGUCCAACUAUGCUGACCUCAUUGUCAAAGCUCCACCUACUCCUAUUGCCCCACCAGAGCUGCUUGCUGUUGGUGCCACCUACCUAUGGAUUAAGCCCAACGCCAACAGCAUCAUAGGUGAUGGGCCGAUCAUCCUGAAAGAAGUGGAAUACCGCACCACUUCGGGGAACUGGGCGGAGACCCAUGUGGUCGAUGCCCCUACCUACAAGCUAUGGCAUCUGGACCCAGAUGUGGAGUACGAAAUCAAGGUCCUGCUCUCCAGACCCGGAGAGGGAGGCACUGGGCCUCCAGGGCCUCCGUUGGUAACCAGGACUAAAUGUGCAGAUCCAGUCCAUGGUCCCCAAAGCGUCAAUGUGGUGGAUGUCAGAGCCCGUCAGCUGACUAUACAAUGGGAGACGUUUGGAUAUGCUGUCACCCGCUGCCACAGCUACAAUCUGACGGUGCAGUACCAAUAUGUGUUCAACCAGCAAGAGUUUUCAGCAGAGGAGUUGAUCCAGACAUCAUCACAUUACACUCUUAGGGGGCUGAGGCCUUUUGUCAACGUCAAACUGCGGCUGGUCCUGGCCAACCCUGAAGGAAGCAAGGAGAGUGAGGAGAUAGUCAAACAGACAGAGGAGGAUGUGCCCGGCUCAGUGCCAAUGGAGUCGCUCCAGAAUACGCCCUAUGAAGAGAAGAUCUUCAUGCAGUGGAAAGCUCCCAAUGAAACCAACGGGGUCAUCACACUGUACGAGAUCACCUACAAGGCCCUGAGCUCGUUGGAUCCCAGUGCAGAUCUGACCACCCAGAGGGGACGAGUGUUCAAGUUGAGGAAUGAGACCCAUCAUCUGUUCGUCAGUCUCUACCCAGGGACAACCUACUUCUUUACCCUGAAGGCCUCCACAAACAAGGGCUUUGGACCCCCCAUUACCACCCGCAUCACCACCAAGAUUGCAGCCCCAAUGAUGCCAGAGUACGAGUCUGAGGCGCCACUGAAUGAGACAGAGACCACUAUUACCAUCCUGCUAAAGCCUGCUCAGUCACGUGGAGCACCUAUAAGCUCUUAUCAACUUGUCGUGAAAGAGGAGCGCAAGUCCAAGACCCGACGCUCUGCAUCCGAAGUCUCCGAAUGUUUUUCCGCCCCUGUCAGCUUUCGCAAUGCCUCCAUCUUGGACUCUUCCUACUACAUUGCUGCUGACCUACCGCCAUCCAGCCUCACGGUGGUACAGCCGUUCACGGUCGGAGACAACAAGAGCUACGGCGGUUUCUGGAAUCCUCCGCUGUCUCCUGCCAAAAGUUACAGCAUCUACUAUCAGGCAAUGAGCAGAGCCAACGGGGAAACCAAAAUCAACUGUGUCCGCCUGGCUAACAAAGUGGUAAUAGGUAGGGGACAAAUAACAACGCCGUACAUUCUAGUCAUCCCAAGCGAAGGUGCGUCCACCCAGGACUCAGAUGCCAUGGAGCCAGAGAAGCAGGUAGACAGCACAGUGAAAAUGGCUGGUGUGAUCGCAGGGAUCCUCAUGUUCAUCAUCAUCCUCCUCGGCGUUGUUCUCACCUUCAAACGCAGAAGACAUGCUUAUUCCUACUCUUAUUACCUGAAGCUGGCAAAGAAGCAGAAGGAGACUGCCAGCAGCUCCACUCAGCAGAGGGAGAUGGGUCCAGUCACAACAGCUGAUAAGAGCACCACUAAAGUCAGCACCCUGCACAAAGACGACCCCUUCUCCACCUCAAGCCAGGACCUCAACGGAUUCACCUCCCCCUCUACAUGUUCCUUCUCCAUGCAGGGAAGCAAGACACUGCAGAGCAAGUCCCUGCUGAACUCCUAUUACUCAGUGUCCAAAGAGCCAGUACCAGCGACAACCUCUAUAGACAGUAGUAGCCAGCCAUCGCUCUCCCAGCCGUCUCUGACCCUGCAGAGUUUUCCCUAUGGAGGCUGUGAGUCUGUGGAGCUCUCCUACCAGAGCGGUCAGUUCCAGGCAGGCCAGUUUCAGCCAGCUAUUCGAGUUGCCGACCUCCUUCAACACAUCACCCAGAUGAAAUGUGGACAAGGCUAUGGCUUCAAGGAGGAGUAUGAGGCCCUGGCAGAGGGACAGACGGCCCCCUGGGAAACAGCCAAGAAGGAGGAGAACCGCAACAAGAAUCGAUAUGGCAACAUCAUCGCUUAUCCCACAGAUGACCACACCAGAGUCCGACUGCAGCUGCUGGAGGGAGACCCCCAUUCUGACUACAUCAACGCCAAUUACAUUGACGGGUACCAUAGACCCAGACAUUACAUCGCCACACAAGGGCCCAUGCAGGAGACAGUGAGGGAUUUCUGGAGGAUGGUCUGGCAGGAAAACUCAGCCUCCAUUGUCAUGGUUACGAACCUGGUGGAAGUGGGCAGAGUGAAGUGUGUGCGUUACUGGCCUGACGAGACUGAGGUGUACGGAGACAUCAAGGUGACCCUGAUAGAAACUGAACCGCUGGCAGAAUACGUCAUACGGACAUUCACCGUCCAAAAGAAGGGCCAUCAUGAAAUCCGCGAAUUACGCCAGUUCCAUUUCACCAGCUGGCCUGACCAUGGAGUUCCCUGUUAUGCCACCGGACUGCUGGGUUUCAUACGACAGGUCAAGUUCCUCAACCCUCCAGAUGCUGGGCCCAUAGUGGCACACUGCAGUGCCGGUGCAGGGAGGACGGGCUGCUUCAUUGCAGUGGACAUUAUGCUGGACAUGGCAGAGAAUGAAGGCGUGGUGGACAUUUUCAAUUGCAUCAGAGAGCUGAGAUCACAACGAGUCAACAUGGUGCAAACUGAGGAGCAGUAUGUGUUUGUUCACGAUGCCAUCCUGGAGGCGUGUCUAUGUGGAAACACAGCCAUACCCGUGUGUGAGUUCAGAGCCAUUUACUACAACAUCAGCAGACUGGACCCACAGACUAACUCCAGCCAGAUUAAAGACGAAUUCCAGACUCUGAAUAUAGUGACCCCUAGAGUCCGUCCAGAGGAUUGCAGUGUGGGUUUGCUACCCAGGAACCAUGACAAGAACCGAAGUAUGGACGUCCUAUCAGCAGACCGAUGUCUGCCUUUCCUCAUAUCUGUGGAUGGAGAGAGCUCUAAUUACAUCAAUGCUGCAUUGAUGGAUAGUCACAAACAGCCAGCAGCUUUCAUUGUUACACAGCAUCCCUUGCCAAACACGAUGGGUGACUUCUGGAGGCUGGUGUUUGACUACAACUGCUCUUCCAUUGUAAUGCUCAAUGAGAUGGAUGCAGCACAGUUAUGUAUGCAGUACUGGCCGGAGAAGAGUUCAUGUUGCUAUGGUCCCAUUCAGGUGGAAUUCAUAUCAGCAGACAUUGAUGAAGACAUCAUAAACCGAAUCUUCAGGAUCUGCAACAUGGCCAGGCCACAGGACGGUUACCGCCUGGUGCAGCACUUCCAGUUCAUUGGAUGGCCGGCCUACAGGGACACACCUCUCUCCAAGCGCUCUAUCCUCCAGUUGGUCAGGAGGCUGGCGAAGUGGCAGGAGCAGUAUGACGGAGGAGAUGGGAGGACUGUGGUACACUGCCUUACCGGCGGAGGGCGUUCGGGAACGUUCUGUGCCAUCUGCAGCAUCAACGAGAUGAUCCAGCAGCAAAACAUUGUGGAUGUUUUCCAUACCGUCAAAACGCUGAGGAACAACAAGACUAAUAUGGUGGAGACUAUGGAACAGUACAAGUUCUGCUACGAAGUGGCUCUGGAGGCGCUCACCUCCUUCUGAAUUCUCUUUUCUGAUUCGCUGUUGAUGCUGCCUGUCAUUCUCAACAUCAGGACACACAGAAGUGCAAAACUGCUUUGUACAGUCCUGAACCCAACCUGUGAGCACGUGUGCCUGUGUGUGUGUGUAUGUGUGUGUGUGCGCGUGUGUGAACGAGAGCGCAUGCUUGCAUACUUGUAUGUGUGUGUGUGUGUGUGUGAGUGUGGGUGAGUGCAACUAUAUGUGUGCCUGUGACAACACAACCUGUACAGAGAAAAAGAAAAAAAAGAAGAAGCUACAGUACAAACAUACACACUGGCAAAUUUCUUGUGUGUGUUUGCCUCAGUAAGACUGGAGUCUUUACCUGCUUGUACAAAGAAAAUCGAAAAAUUAUGUUAAAAAAAAAGAAGAACAGAUGUUUAAAAAACACUUUUUCCUUCCUUCUCUCUCUUGACUCUGCUGGGCUGUGAUGUGACUAUUGUACAGUAUUUCCUUUUUAGAUAUAUCCUAUGUCUUGAAUGUUGUCUCCCUGUGAAGGCUGGAUGCACACUGGAAGGUUUUGUUGGGGGAAAUGUCACGUUUAGCUCAAGUGAAACGUCAACUGUAAUAUGACUGAGUUCAUCUAAAGUGACGCUGUUGGAUCAAAGCAAAAACCACAGACACUUAAUAUUUCGGACCUGAUACAUUUUCCUCUUGCAAAUGAGGCUCUUGAUUGUAGAAAUGUUAAAUGUAAAUGAAAUUGUCAGCAUGUUUUCUUUUCUCUUUUUUUUUUUUUUCAUAUUGCAUCAACGCAAAAGACACUUGCAACUUUGUUUUGACCAAAACCUGUUGCUUUAACUAAGACAUUGGUGUUAAAGUUAAACCAGGGAGGAUGGUGUGUUAAUAAAGUAGAGUCAAAUGCUUGGCGCAGGGUAACGACAGUACUAGAAACAAAAAAAAAUUUGCCUUGCCUUUGGAGUAAAAUGUUGUUAUCUAUG